AUGACGGUAAUUCAAAACAAGAAGAGGAAACAUGAAGAAUCAUCACAUCAUGAUGAUGAUGGAAAAAUGUUUGAUAAUGCUGAUAAUAUUGAAUCGGUUUUAUUUGAAGAAAUGACGACAGUUAAUUCCCAAUUGCUUUCAUUGGCAAACAAGAUGAAACUGGUUGAUAAUAUUUAUUUUACAAAGAAUACCGAAAUGAUUGAUGAAUUUAUUGGAAAUAUUAACGAAUUUUUGAAACAAUUAGAUAUGCGUAGGAAGAAGGCUUUUUCUGAAAAAUUGAAUUCCGAUAUUUUGUCUUAUAUUUAUCAAUUCUUGGAUACAAAUAUUCUUAAAGAAUGUUGUGGUUUAGUUUCUAAAUUAUGGAGACAAUCAAUAGGAUUGAAAGUGAAAGUGAGAGAUAUUGAUAUUGAUAAAUUUGUAAAUUGUUCACUAAUUGAAAAUGUAACGUACCUACAAUUGGUUGAUACUACUGAAGAACCAGAAACAUUUAAAUGGCUUGUAAAUUGUAGAAAUUUGGAUAACUUGAAAUCAUUAGAUUUAUCUGAAAUCGAAUUGGAAAAUGUAGAGUAUUUAAUGAAAUGUCACAUGCCUAAUUUGACAGAAUUGAAUUUGGCGAAAAGGGUAUCUGAUGAGGAAGUGGUAAUAGAAUUGCUUACCAGUAGUUUCAUGACCAGUGUUAAGAAAUUGGAUUUAUCAUAUUCAUUCUACGAAUUUCCAAUUGAUAUAUAUGAAUCAAUUUCAGAAUCUAACUAUUUGAGUCAAAUCACUCAUUUGAACCUUGAUAAUAUGGAAUAUUUAGAAUUUACUGGGCUGGAUUUACUGCUGAAAGAUAAAGUGAAUUUGGAACACCUACAAAUACGCAAGCAUUGUUUGGUUAGUUAUCCAAAUUUAUUUACGAAUGGAAAUUAUAUGAAUCUCACAUAUCUUGAUAUUUCCAGUUGUCAAUUAAGUAGAAAUCAAGAAUUUAUAGAUUUAAUGUUUUCUCCAAACUUGCCAAAUCUUACAACACUCAAGGGCAAGGCGUUAUGGGCCGAAGAAGAUGGCAAAGAAAAAGACAUAGUUGUUGAAAUUCCUCCAAACAGUCAAAGUUCUCUCACUGAUUUAGAUAUAAGAUAUUGUAGGGUUGGAUUUUAUCCAUCACUCUUUAAUCACUGUCCAAAACUAAAGAAAUUAUCAGUUUAUUCUUUACAUGAUGAGGAAUCAAAGAAAUUACAUCUCAAUAUGAUGAAAUCUCCAAACUUGACAAAUUUAGAAUAUUUGAAAAUGGAUAGUUGGAAUGAAGCAUCAGAAAUUAUCUUUACCAAUCCAAUCUAUUCGAAUUUAAAGGAAUUACAUUUAGUAAGACCAUUCAGGAAUGGUGAAAACUUAAAUGUAGAACUAGUAUCAAACUGUAACAAUUUGGUCAAUUUAACAACAUUAACUGUAUCUGUUGAAACACAAGACUUGCAAGAAUUCCAGAAAAAUCCCACAUUUUCCAAACUGAAAAGAAUAUCCAAUAUUGUAAUACCACAAAAAAGGCUAUGA